UUUGACCGGUCCAUCAGGGUAUUUUAAAGCCACCGUUCUCUCUCUGCUGCUGGGGACGUUUUUUAGGGAGUCGCCGACCCCAAGCAAGGGCACCUGUGCCGGCCUGACGCCCCCAUCCGGGGAGGAGAAGACGCAGCACCUUUUCCAUAGUGUGCAGCUCCGAUAUUAAUAAAAAUAACCCAGUUUCCUCCGGAGGCCUCGCUAAUGCAGCCUCAUUCUUUGCACAUUUUUGCCAGCGAGCUUUGUUCUUCUACGUCUCCGUCCCCCCUUCCUCUCCGUUUAAUUUGUUGCAGGUGUUGUGGCUAAUGAGCUCUCGUUCCCUCUUACAAUGAGAGACCAGCCAGACCCCGGGUCCCCGCACGGACGGAGCUGAAGGCCCAGAAACUUCCUAAUAAGUUGCCCAUGGCUACCGGCCAAGGCCAGAGGGCUGUUUUGCAGGCGUGGCGAGCACAUCGCACACGAAGGGCCUUUUAAAGCCCGGGACUGGCUGGAAGGACAGAAGCUAAAGGCGCGCUGAGCCGGCCCCAUGCCAGGUCCCCGCGGAUCGCCUCCCUAUCCCGUUUCCACCCGCUGUCACCGCCGGAGCGCCCGCCGUUGUUGAUCAUGUUCCCCUGCGGGAGAGGUGGAAUGCCAAGGUCAGGAGGACUCCGAGGGAUGGGCCACUGUCUGAUCUGCCCAUCAGCAGUCUGAGAAACGCUGGCUCUGAGCUUUCCUCCCGGCCUUUGGAGAAAGCAAGUUCCUCGCUGUUCCUGGCCGCGCCGUGCCGGGACCUCCGCCUCCGCCGCCUCCACGCCCGGCAGAUGAGGCCUUUCCAUGCGGAGGCCUCCAGUCCCGCCUGACCCAGCCACCGCUCCAGGGCCCCUCGGGGCGCCCCCCGGCCUGCGCAGCCAUGCUGGGCCUGCUGGCUCUCCUCCUGCACUGCCUCCCGCUGGCUGCCGGGGACUAUGACAUCUGCAAGUCCUGGGUGACCUCGGACGAGGGCCCCACCUGGGAGUUCUACGCCUGCCAGCCCAAGGCCAUGCGCCUGAAGGACUAUGUCAAGGUGAAGGUGGAGCCCAAGGGCAUCACGUGCGGAGACCCCCCGGAGAGGUUCUGCUCCCACGAGAACCCCUACCUGUGCAGCAACGAGUGCGACGCCUCCAACCCGGACCUGGCCCACCCGCCGCGGCUCAUGCUGGACCGGGAGGACGAGGGGCUGGCCACCUACUGGCAGAGCGUCACCUGGAGCCGCUACCCCAGCCCGCUGGAGGCCAACAUCACGCUGUCCUGGAACAAGAGCGUGGAGCUCACGGACGACGUGGUGGUGACCUUCGAGUACGGCCGGCCCACCGCCAUGGUGCUGGACAAGUCCCUGGACCACGGCCGCACCUGGCAGCCCUGGCAGUUCUACGCCGAGGACUGCGCCGAGGCCUUCGGCAUGCCCGCCCGCCGGGCCCGCGACCUGGCGGCCGCGGGCGCGCACCGCGUGCUGUGCACCGAGGAGUACUCGCGCUGGGCCGGCGCCCGCAAGGAGAAGCACGUGCGCUUCGAGGUGCGGGAGCGCUUCGCCAUCUUCGCCGGCCCCGGCCUGCGCCACAUGGACCAGCUGUACGCGCGGCUGGAGAGCGCCAAGGGCCUGCGGGACUUCUUCACGCUCACCGACCUGCGGCUGCGGCUGCUGCGGCCCGCGCUGGGCGGCACCUACGUGCAGCGGGAGAACCUGUACAAGUACUUCUACGCCAUCUCCAACGUGGAGGUCACCGGCAGGUGCAAGUGUAACCUGCACGCCAACCUGUGCUCCGUGCGCGAGGGCAGCCUGCAGUGCGAGUGCGAGCACAACACCACGGGCCCCGACUGCGGCCGGUGCCGCAAGAACUUCCGCACACGGUCCUGGCGGCCCGGCUCCUACCUGCCGCCACCGCACGGCUCCCCCAACGCCUGUGCCGCCGCGGGCUCCGCUGUUGGCAACUGCGAGUGCUACGGCCACUCCAACCGCUGCAGCUACAUCGACUUCCUCAACGUGGUCACCUGUGUGAGCUGCAAGCACAACACUCGGGGCCAGCACUGCCAGCACUGCCGCCUGGGCUUCUACCGCAACGGCUCUGCCGAGCUGGACGACGAGAACGUGUGCAUCGAGUGCAACUGCAACCAGAUCGGCGCCGUGCACGACCGGUGCAACGAGACCGGCUUCUGCGAGUGUCGCGAGGGCGCGGCGGGGCCCAAGUGCGACGACUGCCUCCCCACGCACCACUGGCGCCAGGGCUGCUACCCCAACGUGUGCGACGACGACCAGCUGCUCUGCCGGAACGGCGGCACCUGCGUGCAGAACCAGCGCUGCGCCUGCCCGCCCGGCUUCACCGGCCCGCGCUGCGAGCGGCCCCGCUGCGCCCCCGACGGCGGCCUGGACUGCGACCGCGCGCCCGGCGCCGCGCCGCGCCCCGCCACGCUGCUGGGCUGCCUGCUGCUGCCGGCGCUGGCCGCCCGCCUGGGCCGCUGAGCCCGGGCCCGCCCGUCUGGG